AUGGUUUCUUCCUCUUUCAAACUUCUGCUUGCCGCAAUAGUUUUGCUGGCAUACAGCGCUGCAGUCUCUCUGGCCGCGCGGCCGCUGAACACCGAUUCGUCGUCGAUUGCGCCGCUGGCCUCUCGAUUAAUGCAGGUGGACAGUAACAACUCAUCCUCCUUCUCCUCCGACAACAACUACUGCUGGGACUCACUGUUUGAACUCCACUCCUGCGUCGGCGAGGUCAUCCUCUUCUUCCUCAACGGCGAGGCCUACCUCGGCCCUACUUGCUGCCGCGCCAUCCACACCGUCCAGCUCCACUGCUUGCCUUACACGAUCGACUCUCUCGGCUUCACCCCCCAAGAAAGUGACAUCCUCCGUGGCUACUGCGAUGCUUCUCUCUCCGGCCACCUUCGCUCUCCACCCCCCGAGGCCCACGUCAAUGUUUCUUGGAAUUUGCUCCCGUAG